AGUUUCCUCGCUCACCUCACCCGCUUCUAAACAAGAACAUCCCACAGAAUGAUUCCCUGGAGACAAGCCUUACACGCCCAUCUUGUCGAAACUCUGGCCAAUAACCGGCUAUUUCAAAAGUUUGCGGUGACUACAGAACAGAAGAUAUCAGAAUUGAGUGGCAAAGGUGCCCGAAGGGCGCAAGAGUUUCAAAGUGAGCUCUCGAAUCCGGAAACGAUGUAUGAGACAAAGGAAAAGAUGAUGACGUUCAUGGAAGAGUUUAAAAAGGAAUUGAAAGAGGGAGCGGAGCGGACUUUUGGUGGUAAACGAUGACGGGUGGUGGAAUUCUGUGCAUGAUGCUGUUAUGGCGUUGGAUAUUUGCGUUCCCCGAUUUGGCGUAUAUGAAGUGUGCUUUUUUGUUUUGAAUUCAUGAUCGUAUAGGUUAGUUUGUAAUUUAAUUAUAUGAUGCUUAUUUCUCCUUAUACCGGCA